UUCCGGAAGCGAUGCAGUUGGCAGCGAACUGAAAGAUAACUGGUGCUCAAUGCACUCUAUCUCUAUAGCAGCGGCAUCGAGUACUGGGCAGACUGAAGUCAUGGGGUAUGAGAGGCGGCUAUACAGUCAGGAAAUCAUUAAAUUUGUUGUUUUGAAUCUAGUUUUCCCGCUUCGGAUCAAGGGAAACAAAAUUCUGAAUCGAAUCUAACAAAAUUCUGAAUCGAAUCUUCAAAAUCCAGUUGAACAAAGGAACAGGCAAUCGGAUCCUUUUGUAGAAGAAGAAGAUAGCAUGGGGAAGGAAGGAGAAGAAUGUAUAAAGUGUGCAGAAUGCGAGUCUGAAAGAGCACAGGUAGUCUGCUGUACUGAAUCUCUCGCCUAUUGCAACUCCUGCUCACUCAAAAUUCACUCAAAGAAAGCUCGCUUUCAUCAUCAAAUCCUCCACAUCCCUAAUUGUUGUCGUUGUCUAGUACGCACUGCAACUCUCCAAUGUUUUCAAUGCUAUACAACACUCGAGUCUUUCGCUCUGUGCACCCAAUGCUCACAUACCAUGCAUUCUGUUCCUUCUACACAGGCUCACAAAAUCACCAUCCUCGCCCUCUUGAGCAACACUGUGAAAGAAAGGAGAGCGCGAAGCACUAUUUCUGAUUUUGACUCACCAGAAGAAAUGCUUUAAAAAAGGAUGCUCCAAGCAUCUUCUCUUCCUAGGAGAAACAUUCCUAGGGCAGCUAGCAGGCGUGUUUUGGGGCCCGUAGAUAUUUACGAUUUUUCUUCUGAUAGCGAUGAUAAUGAGGAUUCUGAUUCAUGUUAUAGUGAUUUUGAGGAGGAGAGUGGGAUCAGGCGCAUAAACAGGGGGAAUGUUUCUGUCGAGGCAUUUGUUGUGAAGCCUGAGGAGGAGAAUGACGAAGAGGAAGGUAAUGUUGCAGAGGUCAGAAAUGUAGGUGGGGUGGCGAAGGAGAAAAGCGUAGUGGUGGGAGUGAAACAGAAAAUAAGGAAGAUGCUGGAAUUGGGGUUGCAUCCUGACACUCCUGAUAUUGAGGCACAGCAGGCCCUGAAGAAUGCACACCGCCUUCUCACUAAGCACAAUCUCCAACAGGCAGAGGUGAUGAAUGGGGCACUCAAGGAUUCAGAAGCACUUGCUGGGGGUAUUGGCGUGGUCGAGCUGAGAUCCACAGUAAAGAUUGAUAGAAUUCGAAGGGUUGGACAGUGGGUGUACGAGCUUGCCCAUCUCAUUGCAGACAAUUUUGACACACAAUUUUUCACUAGAAAGAACACCAGAAAGAAUCGCCCUCUUCAGGUUAUCUUCUAUGGUAUCAAACAAAAUGCAGAUUGCUCUAGCUUUGCAUUUGCAGCAACAUUCAAUAGAAUUACAAUAAUGUCUGCAAACUAUAAUCCUUCCAAAACCGCAGCUGACGAAGAGAAUAAAGAAUCCUACACUCAAAGCUCAUAUACGAGGAUGGCCAGACUUGAUUACAAGCUGGGUAUUGUUAGAGGAUUGCGAGAUGCUGUCAAAAGGAAAUGGGGUUCAGAAGGAUGUGAUGGAAGUAAAGGAAAGGGUACAAGAAGAAGAAAUAAGCAGGAGGCGGUAAUGCAAGCACUUGGUCUACAUUCCAAAGAAGUUGGGAACGCAUACAUAAAGGAGAAAGGGAUCAAAAUAAAGAACCGUAAAGGAAAGAGAAGAAAAAGUGCAUGGAACUUAGAGGCAUUUACCCGUGGGAAGAUGGACUCACAGAAAAUUGACAUCAACCAGAAAGCAUUGCCAACCAAUCACAGGAAGAAGUCAUAAAAAUGAUUGCAGUGUUGAUGCCAAUUUCAAUUGACAGCAUGUUUUCCAUUCUUCAGUAUGCUACUGAAUGAUUUUAUUUAAGAAAAUAUUGAUAAAGCUGACAAUAUAGAAUCACUCUCGGAAGGAGACAUAACUUGACUCACUCAAUGAGAUCUUUUAAUUUAUCAAUUACUUCAGUGUAUAAGUUGAAUAUAUUUUGGCAGCUAUGGUAUCAUCAACCUAGAUUUACAUUGUCUUACAUUGCAAUCGAACUUAAUGUGGCCUAGGUAUUGCAAGGGUAUCUUACAAAUCCGCCCUUAAUGCUUUGGCAUACUAUACUAUGACCAUAUUAUCCAUCAUCAAGCCCAUGGAUUGGAUGCUAAUGAUUUGUCAUAAUAAGGAUAUU